CACUCAGACUGCUAUGUGCAAGCAAUGGUAAGGGCUGUGUAUUUUAAUCAUUCGAAUAUAAUGGCCAGAUUUCGCAUGAUACUUUCCCUUUUACUGACAUGUAUUAGAUAUGUCCAAUCAACAGACUGUGGAGGUGAACUGACAGAACAGGCUGGCACUAUAACAUCACCAAACUAUCCAUAUUCUUACCCUGAAAAUGUAGAGUGCUAUUGGCUGAUAACAGUUGCAGAGAAUCAAGUCAUAGAUCUCACAUUCAAUGUCAUAGACCUGAGCUAUUAUAGGAAUUACGGUUGCAACGAUUUUCUUGUGACUUAUGAUGGUCCUAGUAUUCAGUAUCUCUCUACCUGGGUUCCGUGUACGGGAAAUAAUUUUAAAGUUCGAUCCACCAGAAAUGAAAUGUUAGUAAUGUUUAGAUCUGGAUCCCAAGGCUCUAGUUCUGGCUUUUUAGCAACUUACAAGGCACUGGAGUGCCCACCGUUUACCUACGGUCGUGAUGCCUGCAAUCUAACUUGUAACUGUAAUCAGACAAACACCGAAUAUUGUGUAAGUCUUACUGGAGAGUGUAAGUGUAAUCCAAACUGGACAUCUUCAGACUGUAACAAGAUUUCAGACCGAUGUAACUACUGGUCAUGCAUGAGCAAUGAAGUCUGUGAGAACUACCUAGGAGGUUACAGAUGUGAUUGCCAACAAGGCUAUGUUCGGACCGAGAAUGGAAUGUGCGAAAAUCACUGCCAAAAUCCCAACAUUUGCCCAGAUCCUUAUGGUGUCUGCGUAAGUGAGUAUGUAGGUCAGCGUUGUGAAUGUAAAGAUGGACUGGUGAAAAGCAGUAACAGUCAAUGCCAAGAUCCAGAACUUUGCACUGAAAAGCGAUGCUCUCAUGCUUGUGGUGUGACAUCAAAAGACCCUCUGAAAGAAAUGUGUUAUUGUCCCAAGGGCAUGCAGUUAGAUCCUUACAAUGAAACUAACUGCAUAGAAUGUAAUACUUGGUGGUUUGGUGACAAUUGUGAAAACAGAUGUACUUGUGACACGGAACGAACUGUACUGUGCAACAAGACCAAUGGUCAUUGCGAAUGUCGUCAAGGCUGGACAUCUGACAACUGUGAUCAAGACAUAGAUGAAUGCCUCUCUCUAAAUAUGUCAUGCACACCUGAUACUGACCACGCCCAGUGUACUAACGCACUUGGAUCAUUCAACUGUGGCUGUCUGCCAGGAUAUGAACAAGUUAAUGAAACAUUUUGUGACGAUUGUGGUAAAGUUCUGAGAGAGUCAUCAGGUAUCCUGAAGUCUAGUUCCUAUGCAGAGAGUCUCAGUCCUUCACAGUUUUCCUUUUGUAACUGGACUAUAGAGGCACCUGUUGGCAGUGUCGUGUCCUUCCGAUUCUCUUUGCCUCCUUUAUACAUGACUGGAACAGUUGAAAUAUAUGAUGGAAACACUUCGGAUGCAUCAAAAAAAAUUGCUGUAUAUGAUUUGUAUUGGCUAUCUUACUACUCUAGAUGGCCAUUGGAUUGGUGGUACAGAGACUUUACAACACGAAUAGUACGAACAACACAAAAUAUAAUGUUCAUUGUACGACAACCAGCUUACUAUAAUGGAUUUUAUGGAGUCAAAUCAUCUGGCUUUAAUGCAACUUAUUGGACACAUGAGUGCCCUAAAAAUAUGUACGGCGAAACCUGCUCAAUACCUUGUCCUUGCGUGGACAACAAUACAGUGGAGUGUGACAACAUCUCUGGAAGUUGGUGUUCUUGUAAACCUGGAUGGACAGGCAGCUACUGUUCUGUUGAUAUCAACGAAUGUCUGUUCAACCCUUCCAUUUGUCCCAGCUACUCAAUGUGUUUUAACUAUCCCGGAUCCAGUGAGUGCAUGUGUAACCAAGGACUUACUUUGAACUCCAGCAAUCUAUGCACAUAUGACGUCAAUACAACUUCCUGUACAUUAAAAAACUGCUCACAUCUUUGUGUUAGCUUCACACCUGAAAACCAAAGUUCUGCAAUCGAGCUCUGUUAUUGUCCUAUCGGAAUGGAACUAGACGGAGAUCAGUGUGUUGAAUGCAGACAUGGAAAGUUUGGACUUAACUGUGAACUCAUUAGUAGGUGUUCAACUGACCAUACGGAAAGUUAUGAUACAGUGACCGACUCGUUCUGUGGCUGCUACAAAAACUGGACAGGUCAGUCCUGUGAAUAUGACUUCAACGAAUGUUACUCUAUUACAUGUCCAAUGGGGCAAUAUUGUUACAACACGUACGGAGGAUAUGAAUGUUACUGCGAUCGUCAUCAGGGCUACACCGAAGCAGAUGCCAACACCUGUAAACAUAUAGAUUGCAACUAUGUGUUAACGAAUGAGACGGGGGUGAUCAAGAAUUAUUUUUACCCCGAAUGGUAUAUCACAAACAACGCUAAUUGCUCCUGGCUUAUCACGGUUCCAAGUGAUUUUGUCAUUUCAUUAAGGUUCUCAACAUUUUAUCUGAAUUGUGCUGACCAAAUGAUCAUCUUUGAUGGUGACAGCGAAUCUAAACGACUUAUAGGUCGAUACUGCUUUGUUGCAUCAAGUGUCAUACGCUCUAGCCAGAACCAAAUGUUAAUAAGAUUAACAUCAAAUGGAGAGUAUGAUUAUGGAGCCUUUUAUGGAACAUACACAUCACAUGUGUGUCGUUCUUUUACCUACGGGAAGGAGUCUUGUGAUACAAAUUGCCGCUGUGUCAAAGAAAACACUCAAUUCUGUGAAAACGUCAACGGAGUAUGCAUCUGCAAGCCUGGGUGGAGUUCAGAGGACUGUUCCACAGAUGUCAACGAGUGUCUAGGUACUAACAACAAAGUCUGCCCACCAAACUCAGACUGUGUCAACACUAAGGGUAGCUACAGGUGCGAGUGCCACUUAGGAUUUAGACUCAACUCCACUGGGUAUUGUCAAGAACAUUCGGACUGUGUAUACAAAAGCUGCUCCCACUCCUGUUACAUUGUCAGUCCUGGGGUAGAGCAAUGCCUGUGUCCUGAUGGCUUGAUUCUUGAUGAAGAAACACAGCUGAAAUGCACAGUACCGUAUUAUACGUACGGAAAGAGGGCAGGAGAUUCUGUCCUUUCAGAGAAAUACACUUCCUAUGGCACAGUGUUUAUCAGCGAAACAAUACGCUUCAGUACAGGGGCGCCAUUUGGUGAUCAAUAUCAGUACUCAGCCAAUAUUCUAUCUAAAGGUGUCAUUGGCUUUGGUGACAGUGCGUUUGCAGUGGGUGGUGCAACGGAUUUGAAUCAAGUGGCCAAUCUCAACAUUCUAGCACCUUACAUGGCAAACAUUAAUCCCAACUUUGGUGAGGUUUAUUACCAUCUUUAUGAAAAACAUGGCGGUAGCUCCACAAAAAGUCCUUAUGCUGAAGCAAUCCUAGCCAGGGCUCAAAAAGAUGUCAUAAAAUAUCACCAGCUAUCAAAGUUUGAUGUCAACAGAGUUCUUGUGACAACGUUUGCAGACGUCCAACCAUUUUCACAGACCAGCCAGACAGAAGAGCUGAACACCUUUCAGGCGAUCUAUAUAAGUGGCUGGGAUAAUACAAAGAGAAGCAGCUUGAUGUAUCAGACAGCGGAAGGAGAAUCAGCUUAUGUUAUAUUCAUUUACCAAUAUGGAAAGAUGAAAUGGAAUUAUGUUCCUGGUCGAGCAGUCAGCAUAGGGACGACUGGAAAAUAUUUUAAUAGAAUUAGUAACUUGGAUUCAUCGUUGGUUGCCUCCCUGGAUAAAGUUCCUGGAAAUACUGGCACCAAUGGUGUUAUGAGUUUUCUGGUUGGCAGAGUAAAAGGGCAAGAAGAGUCCUGCACCAGAUACGUCUACAACAGCUUUGACCUGGUCACUUCCCUCACAUUUAUACAUGAAGUGGACGAUCUUUACGAUUGUCCUUGCUCACUGGACAGAUUAGGCUUUCAAUGGGAGUUUGUAGAAUAUCGUUAUUACGGCGGAAUUAUCUGCUACACCAUCCGAAGAGUGGCCAAAAGAAGAUUCCUAAAUAAUAAUCCAAGGAAUAAGUUGUGCUGCUACUUUUGGAAUAAAGACAUACCAAAGAGAGAAGCUACCUACAUAUCAGAACCUCCAUAUGCUGGACAGAUACUGGUCGGUGACCCUUGGGACACAAGCAACUACUAUGUUGUAGAAAAUCGUUAUAUUCAUCAGCAGUGCUGUAACAGCGCUGUCAGGGACAUUUACUGUCAGAGCUUCUUAACAAUAUAUUUUGUACCUGAAUGCUCUCCAUUUGUUCCAUUUGUACCAGCCAUAGCAGUAGGCGAUCCACAUAUAACUACUUUGGAUGGAUUAACUUAUACUAUGAAUGGAUGGGGAGAAUACAUUCUUUUGUAUAUACCACAAGAAAACUGCAUGAUUCAAGGUAGAACUGAAAGAGCAGAGGGAGCCAACGGUUCACUGACUAAUGCCACAGUUUUCUCAGCUUUUGCUGCUAAAGAAUCAAAUUACUCAAGCUUUCAAGUUGAGUUGUCAAGAUCAAAAACUUCUAUGGUCAUGUUAGCUGGUGGUAUUGAUAUCACCAAUGACUUUUAUAAAGGAAGCCCAACUGGAAUCAUUGUGUCUACUGAUUAUCUUGGAGUGACAAGAGAAGACAACAAUAACAAGACAAUGGUUGUAGUUGCUUUCCCUUCAGGUGUUGUAAUCAAAGUCUAUGUAGCAAGCAAGAGUCUCCUAAUUGAAUUUAAUGUUCCCAAAGAUCUUCAGAAUGUCACAAAAGGUUUGCUUGGGAACUUCAACGGGAACUUAAGUGAUGAAUUUAUUUUGCCAGAUGGAACUGUUUUGUCAGCUAACAUAAGCGAAAGAGAAAUUUACCAUUUGUAUGCCAAGUCUUGGGAGGUAACUCCACAAACUAGUGUAUUUACCUACAUGCCUGGAGAGAGUACAGAAACCUACCAACAUCCAGAGUUUGAACCAUUCUACAGAGAUGAAGCUGAUCCUACUGCUGUGGCCAAGGCGAAAGCACUCUGUGGAGAAACUAAUGAUGCUUGUAUAUUUGAUUAUAUUGUCACAGAAGAUCAACACUUUGCAAUGACUACCAAAGAUGCUAAGGAAGAAAUGGAAAUUAUCAUUAUAAGCCUAGACAAUACUCCACCAACAAUCAAAGUCACAAAUGGAAGCCUGGAUGGUAAUGGGUUCUGGUUUGUUCAAAAUGGAACUCUUGCAACACUUCAAGUCAUUGUUGAUGAUGCAGAUGGAGACACUGUCAGCAUAGACAUUCUAGUCAACGCUACUGGACUCAUUGUUAAUAAAACUGGCUUUAUUUCUUAUUUACCGAAUGUCAAGCAACCAUUCUCUUUAAGAUUGCGAGCAGUAGAUUCCAAGGGCAGCUACUCUCCAGACCUGUAUAUCCCCCUCCUAGUUUGCCCACAAUGCAACAGCCAUGGUACUUGUGACACUAAGACUGUUAGAGAAGAAUAUGAAAAUGGAAAAUUUAAAGUUCUAUCUUGUAGCUGUCAUCCAGCAUACACAGGCAAGGACUGUGAGACAGAAGUGGAUGGUUGUGCCAUUCAGCCCUGUUUUAAAGGACAGACAUGUACUGAUCUAACAGCAGUUGAACAAGGAAAUAGUACCAUUGGCUACAAGUGUGGUCCUUGUCCUACUGGGUUUCAAGCAUCUAUGGGCACCUGCAUAGAUGUCAAUGAAUGUAUUAGCAACAAGACCUGUGAUCACUGGUGUCUGAAUACUGAAGGCUCCUACAAGUGUAGCUGUAGAGUAGGUUACAGACUGGAAACAACAGAUUUCAAAACUUGUAGAGAUAUCAAUGAGUGUGAGGAGAGAUCCUCCAACUGUCAACAUAAGUGUACCAACACAGAAGGAAACUAUACAUGCACUUGUUAUACAGGCUACACACUGGAUCCAGAUGGAUACUCGUGUAAUAUAGAUUCCAGUAUAAAACAAAGCUGCUAUGACUGUAUGCAAGUUUGUAUCCCUGGAGAAAAUAUCACAUGUGGUUGUAGACUUGGCUUUAAACUUGGCCCUACAUCAAUCAAUGAUUGCAUAGAUAUUGAUGAGUGCAAAUAUGGCAAUCAGCCUUGUAGCCAGCAGUGCAACAAUUUAGAUGGUUCCUAUGAAUGCUCAUGUUAUACUGGGUACAAACUAGGACUAGAUAAAGUCUCAUGUUCAGCUUGUGAAGCUCCUUACUAUGGUAAGGAUUGUGCCAGUACAUGUCAAUGUAAUGGUCGAGGCUAUUGUGACCCUGUCAGAGGCUGUGUCUGCAACAAUAACUGGUCAGGAGCUAACUGUGAACUGGAUGUGGAUGAAUGUCUAUUGCCUACAACAUGCAAUCAAGGCUUCCUAUGUUUUAAUUCUUUAGGAUCAUAUAAAUGUGAAUGUCCAGCAGGUUACAACAUUGACAAUAUGAUUUGUAAAGAUGUAAAUGAGUGUUCGGAUCCAACAGUUAACAUUACCUGUGACUUGAGCCUAGAAGUCUGUAGGAACAACAUUGGAAGCUAUAGCUGUGACUGUAAACAAGGAUAUUCCAGAAAUCAAUUUCAAGUCUGUGUUGAUAUUGAUGAGUGCAGUGCUGACAUAGAUAAAUGUGAACAGGUCUGUGAGAACAAGGCAGGAAGCUACAAUUGUCUGUGUUCAUCUGGCUUUGUAUUAUCUGAUGACAGGAGAACUUGUGUUUUAGUUAAGGAUGCCUGUAUUGCAUUAAAGCUGAAUUGUAGCUAUGGAUGUAGACUGAAUUCCACUGGUGGUCAAGAAUGUUUUUGUCCCAAAGGCUAUCAGCUGACUGGACAGGAGAAAUGUGAAGAUAUAAAUGAGUGUGUUUCAAAUCAGAGCAAUCUUUGCUCCAACAAGAAUGGUUGUAUCAAUACAAAUGGAAGCUUCCUUUGUACUUGUGAAGUUGGCUUUAAACUCGACAACGACAACAGGUCUUGCAUUGCUUGCAACAGUGGAACAUGGGGUCUUCAGUGUGCAAACAGUUGUGCCUGUGGACUUGGAGCUGAUCAUUGUGACAGUAGAACUGGAUGUGUUUGUAAAGCUGGAUACACAGGUAGCUAUUGCGACCAAGAUCUAGAUGAAUGCAGCAAUGGAGCACUCAAAUGUAAUAUCACAGAGAAAUGUAUCAAUUUACCAGGAACAGCAACUUGUAAUUGUUUAGAUGGUUUUGAAAUAGUAAAUGGCUCAUGCAAAGAUGUAAAUGAAUGUAGCAGUAUCACAACAAAUAACUGCAGUCAGCGCUGUGAGAAUACUGAAGGAGGUUAUAGGUGCAUGUGCUAUUCAGGAUACACACAUGACAUGAAAACAAAUACCUGUCAUGAUAUUGAUGAGUGUCAACUACAGACCUCAAGUUGUGAACAGUUGUGUAUCAACACUGAAGGAAGUUAUCGCUGCUCAUGUAACUCUGAUCUCUUCUUACAAGCUGAUGGCUUAACAUGUAAAGCCUUUACACCUUGCAUCAAUACAACAGACUGCAGUUUUGAUUGUGCAAAUAUUAAUGGAACAGAAACUUGUCUUUGUCCCAAAGGUAGAAGACUUGCUAAUAAUUCCAAGACUUGUGAAGAUAUAGAUCUGUGUGCCUCCACUGUAUGCAGGUUUGGUUGUCUAGAGACAAAAGGUAAUACCAGCUUUGAAUGUGUCUGUGCUCCAGGUCAAGUGUUGGACAAUGAUGGAGUGACUUGCAACAACUGCAGUGCCGACAGAUGGGGGGUGAACUGUUCCAUGCCAUGUAACUGCCCAGCUAACACAACAGAGCGCUGUGACAAUGUGUUAGGCACUUGUUACUGUAAAAUUGGAUGGGCUGGUUCUCAAUGCAAUCAAGAUGUGGAUGAGUGUACUAGAUCACCAAGUCCUUGUCCAACACUCUCAAAGUGCACUAACACUAUUGGUGCAUUCACAUGUCUAUGUGAGGAUGGAUAUAUACUGAACUUAAACAGCAGUAUUUGUGAAAAAUGUUCUGCAGGUUUCUUUGGCUCUGAGUGUGCUAAUAUGUGUAGAUGUGAAGCUUAUCAAGAUUGUGAUCAUGUUAAUGGAUCUUGUUUAACCACACUAGUGGCAAACUCCACAACAGGCACACAGACCACUCUCACAUCUACUACACGGACGACCACACAAACAGCUGCAAUACAGACCACCACAACAGCUUUUGUGACAUGUGGAAGUGCCGGUCUAACGUGUAAUGUAAGCAAGCAUGAAGUGUGUGUCAGCAAGGAGUCAGACUAUGAGUGUGCAUGUCAGACUGGCUAUUUGAGGACCAACAAUGACACAAAGUGUACAGAAAUCUCGUCCUUCAACUAUUCUGUAACAUUCAGCUGGGAUGUGUCAGCAAAAAAUUUAGAUGAUAAAAACAGUCAAGAUUGUAAGGACAUCUCACAAGAAGUUGAAACUCAGAUGACAAAGAAAUUAAAAGAAAAAAAUGUAGAUGUCCUUCAAUUUAUUGUACUUCAACUCAGUAAAGGCAGCCUUAUUUGUGACUAUACUGUCUCUGUCAACACAAGUUCUUCAAGUGACCCCAAGACUAGUUUGUCUAAUGCUAUGAAAGUCAUCUUCUCAGAAGGGGUUGUCCUUAAUGGAACCACAGUAAUGAUAAUGGGGAUUGUUGAAGAUGGUACAACAGUCCAACCCAGUACUUGUGAUGUGAAACAAAGAAUUGAUCCAUGCAAAGACAAGUACAAGUGUGUUGUUCAGAAUAAUGAAGCUGUAUGCAAACAAUCAAUUUCAGGGGCAGGGAAAUUACAGAUGAAACAUCUGGCAGUUUCACUUUCUGUCAUUGUAAUUUUUAUAUUUCAACAACUGUAAUGAUGAAUACAUUUCUGGUGUUUUUCAGUCAAAUGAAAAUUGUAGAAUUAUUCCUUAGUCCAUUGACUAACAAUAUUUAAAUAUAGAUACAAUAAUGUUAUUGAACUCCAAUAUUUAAAGUUUUUAUGUAUCCACAAAGACAUGAUUUUCUCUUGUUAAAUUAUCUUUUAUGUUUAUUGUAACUAUGAUUCUUUUCACAAAUGUACUAUUCUUCAUAACAUUUGGUAUGUGUGUGCUUUUUUAUUUACAAUCUAUUUCAACAGAAAUAAAGUAUUACAUUUUAAA